AUGAUUAGAAUCAGACCCAGGAAUCCUCAAAAACUUCGUUUAAUGGAGAAAUUUCGUGACCCCCAAACCUUAGAAGCGCUCAAAGCGACACCAAAUGAAAGAUUCAUAGAACAUAUGCCCGGCGGAGGUGCACCAUCUCCUCUGAAUUCGCUUUCAGAUUACUAUCAGAGAAUGCUUUGGCUGCUGCCCGACGAAGUGUGCAGCCAUGUGCUUUCUGGAUGGAUGCAGUUAAUACAUGCGAAGAAGGGUUCAUCUGAGCCAUUUCCAAAUUUGUGGCUGUAUUUCCUAGAUACUUGCAGAUUGUCUUCGCGGUCACAUAAGUCUGUAAAUGUUCAGCUUCUGCAGUGGUUCAUCUGCAAUGUAGUCUGCGACGGAGCUAUUAUCGAUGAGCUCUACAGUGUAAUGCAGACAAUUACUGGUCAUCGUAAUGCUCAAUGGUGUCGAGAACUACUUGGUGGGAUACUGCUUAUUCGACGAGGUGAGAUUGCCUGCACUUCGGGUUCCAUGCGAAUCGAUCCUAUGAACAAAGGACGUACGUGCCCGAACCAAGAUGCGAGCUCGUUGAAUGAGAUACAACGGGUUGAGCCACCAGGCAUUGAAACCGAAUUUACAAUCUAUACAGACCUAAUCGCCGAUUUGGGUGCCACUCACGGCGUAUUCGGUUUAGGAAUACAUGUCUGGUACAUCAAUGUGAUUCACAGCCCGUAUCGCAGAUUGCCAGUUGAUUUUCAGCGUGACUUUUUGAUUGCGUGGCAGACCUUUAACUUGGACGGUCAACCGCUUCAUGAACUCCGUGAAGUAUGGGUUGCGUUGUAUAGCGACGUCAUUCACCAGAAAAGUGGAAACAGUCUUCAACUAUUGCAAGAUCGAAUGGUUGUCGAAAAGAUUCAAACGUCUGCACUUAUUGGUCGUGUAUAUCUUGUGGGAGAAAUGAGUCACACUUCGACCCUAGCGAGACUAUCAGGUUAUGUGGGUUUCUCGAUAAGAAGAGCCUAUACCAAAGAUAUCUUAUCUUCAAUUGAAGAUAUUGGAAACUGGAGUGCUAUCCCUGAUGAUAUCAGGAGAAUCUCGGGUUGA